GCUGAAUUCCCCGACCGCAGCUGUCUAACAGAUACUAACUCCUUAAACUGCCCAAAAUAAGAAGAAUAUUAGCCACGGCGGAGUCGUCCCCUGCCAGGGACGUUGUCGCAAUAUUUGGACAACAAAGCGAGCCAAACAUAAACAUGAGCUCCAUAGAUGGCACCAAGCACAUAGUGAGUCAAGAUUUCCCUUCAGAUGACUUGACCAAGAACCAGGAGCCAGAGGACCUUCUUAAAGAGGAAGAACUUUGGAGUGAUCCAGAAGGAGAGAUGGUUCGAGGGCAGGAAGAGUCCGAAGUAACAUUCAUUCCUGUUCCUGUGAAGACUGAGGAUGAGGAAGAUGAAUCUUUAUACCUACAGUUUUAUCAUGUUCCAUUUGGGGAGAACCCGGACUCCCACGCCAGCAUCUCAUCUUGUCGACUGAAAGAAGAAGAAGAAGAAUCAGCUUCUCAGAGCUACUCAAUGCACCGAGAUACUGACCAUGAGGCACAAUCUGCUGAUUCGGAUACUGAUCACAGUGAUGACUGGAACAAAUCUGCUCAUCCUCAACCAGUAGACAAAACUUUUAGUUGCUAUCAAUGUUGCAAGUCCUUCUCCAGGAAAGACCAGCUCAAGUCGCACCUGAGCACUCACACAGGGGACAAGCCCUUCAGUUGUCCAGUGUGCGAAAAAAGUUUCACAAGGAAAAGCAAUCUCAAAACCCAUAUGGGCACUCACAGAAGAGAGAAACCAUUUAGCUGCCCUGAAUGCAACAAACGUUUUUCACGGAGAGACCAAGUGAAAUCUCACAUGGUCACACACUCUGGAGAAAAACCAUUCAGCUGCUCAGUUUGCAGAAAGAAGUUCACGCGGCGUAACACUUUGGCGAACCACAUGGGAACGCACACAGGAGAGAAAAAGUACAACUGUAGUGUUUGUGGCAGGUCUUUUGUCUGGCCUGCACAAAUUAAAAAUCACUUGUGUCCCAAUGAUAAAAGUCCUCCUCGGAAAAGGAGAUUUUUCUGCGCUGAUUGUGGCAAAAGCUAUACCUCAAAGCAAAAUCUGGAAAUACACAGGAAAACUCACACUGGAGAGAAACCUUUUUUGUGCUCAGAAUGUGGAAUGUGUUUUACAGCUGAGCGUAAUCUGAUAAAGCACUAUUUAAUUCACAACAUAUUUGCUCCAUUUGUUACAUCCGAUUCUCUUUAAAGUUUGUUUUGUUGUUAUAUUUUUCCAGACCCAUCUUGUAUUUGUUAAUUAUUUUUAUUGUAUGGGGAUGGAACACCAUUCACAACACUCAGUUGGGUUUCAGCACUGUGCUGCUGCCAAAAGAGCAGCAUGAAGCAGAGAUAGGUGUGAGACUUGGGUCGAACUACUUGUGUCUGACCUCUCACUAUCAUCGUACAACUGUCUCACAAAUAUGGACAAAGCACAGCAAGAGAAAAAUCUAACAAUUCACACCCUAUACAGAGGGAUGUUGUUUAUAAAGGUUAUCCAAUCUAGUCUAUUGUUGCCUGCUGAAUGGCAGCAUCCAUGCAGAGAAACAGAUAGAAAGUGUGUCUGCCAGUGGAGUCUGUCCAUGCCUAGUCAUCACUAGGCAGCAGUUUGGACACAUUUGGUACCUAAACCAGCAUUCAGCACAUUACCACCUUGUAAUAAGGUGACAUCUCGGCUCCUGCAGUAUGUUCAUCAUAUGCUAUGUAGCCACCGAUCUGACAAAUCCAAAGGUGUACAGCACAGGGGGUCCAUCAUCUAGUGUGUAUUACAAAAUUUUGAUACAAAAUUUGGUAUGUAGUCCGAAAACAUGACAAAAACAAGCACUGGUACAGAUGGCAGUUACCAUUGUUUCUAAUCGCACUUUAGUUGGUUAUUGUUCGUAUAUUUUCCAUGAAUAAACACAUGUCACAGGUGUUAAGUGUACUAUUCUGCAGUGUGCAGUACCUCCUAGAUCUGGAAGGCUUGGUUUCCGUUGUGAUGCUGUGAAUAAGGAAUGGGCACGAAUUGAAUUAUGAUGUUUGUAUGUGUCAUAUGAAUAAUUUAGGUGCAAUUCCAAACCGAGAUGAUGAGCUUGUCUCUGCAGGAAACAUGUUCUUCUCCAAUGGAAGCUUUUGCUACGUUGUGAUGUCAUGUUGUUACCAUA